GGAAGCUACCAAAUCGGUGAUCUGCCCUUGUGUUUUGGAGAGAGCAGAGAAGAGAAGAGAGUGAAAAUGAAGGUUGCUCCGAUAGUGGUGUUCUUGUUCAAAGACGAUGAGGGUUUCGCCGCCGCUAUCUUACAAGCUCUCCACCCUAACACCUCAUCCUCCUUCACCCGCCGAGAGGAACCAUUCGACCACUCCCUGGAGCCUUAUGGAAUCAAGCACGUCAAAGCAUCUGGCAGCGUUUCGCACUUCGUUGAUGAGCACGGCGCUUAUAUGGUCUCAAUUGUGGCUAUGGAGCAUUAUGAGCCACCAGUACUAGCUUGUGCUCUAAAUGAGGUCCUCAAUAAAAUUACUGCUGAUAAAUCAUCCCUGCCAACACUUUUGGUACCAUUUUUGGUGGAAUCUUCCAAGGUUAAAGGGCAAGUUAAAUACCUAGGAUCAGAUGAAAGCAAACCUCUAAUAUUUGGUAUACGGAUUGGUCAAAAUACAGACAUAAUGCAGGCAUUACUCAACAAAACACAGGAGCUACCAUCUUCGUUAUGGAUUCAACAUGUAAAUUUUGCAUCUUUUCUUCACUUUGUUCGUGUAAUGCAGUUGCCAACCUUUCUUCUAAUUGGACAAACUAGUCAAUAUUUGGACACUAAAUCCUCCAAACAUCAUGAGAUAAUUCAUGCUAUAGGAGAAAUUUUGGCUAGCGCUACAGGUCUGCAGUUUUCAGAAGAGAGAGUGGUAUUGAAUCCUAAGAAGAAAUCAGGUGAAAGCAAAGAGCCAUGGCGUGCAUUAUAUGGUUGAAACAUGGAUCAUUAACAUACUGAUUUGGAACAUGUAUUUUCAUGGAUCUGAUUCGCAGAACCAUUGAUCUUAUGUAUCAACUAUUUCCUUCAAAAGUUAUUAUAAAUUCCCCCCAUAUUCUCUUUGCACCU